AUGUACUACCGCCCUGUUGAUUGUGGCGGUUAUGUAGAUGACCAGGUCCCGUUGAUACUUUGUUGUGGUUGGCCUAAUGACUUGUAUGCCUUCCUGUCUGCGUUGGAGGGGAAUGGCGCAUACAACGUGUUGGUGUUAAGCAGUAAUGAUGCGCCGUCUUGGGGCCGUUGGAACCGUGACUUGCGAUCGUUUGGUCGCCGUUGUGUUUGGAUGCAUGGUAGUCCUCUGAGUUUAGAAGAUUUGAAGAAUGCAGGUGCUUUAUUGGCGUAUGGUAUUGUGAUAUUUUCACAAGCACACGCGUUUGUAGCUCCAGGGGAGCCGCCUUUAUCGACGAGUGCUGACCACCAGACGGUGUUAGUUCGGCAGCAACUGUUUGCAUUAUUUGCACGCGUAGAUGAGUACCUACGGACUUCUGGUGAGUCGCCAGUGCUGGGUGCCGCGUCGGAGGAGGAGUCGGAGGCGCAGGUGCCGGUGUUGAAGAUGCCUUGGGUUGUGACAGAGUUGCAGGAACGUGACAGUGUAGAGUAUCUGUCCAGUUCUCAGGAUGUGUUUCUUAUCAGCGCACUCCGCUCGAUCGCCACCCGAAAAGAGAUCGGACAAAUCGUACCAAAAAAUGCCAGCGAACGAGGCGAAGAUGCCAACUGGUUGCGCGAAGGCGGUCGCGCGACCGAUACAAACGGUGGUGAAGCAGCACUUAAGUUCCAAUUCAACCGUUCGGCGCUCGACUCCUCACCGUACGUUGUGCAAAGUGAAUAUCGCUCUGGUCGUGUGUACUUGCGUGAGAUGGGGUAUGCACUCAUCGGUUUCGGUCUCCCCGUUAGCCGUCACAGCAUGGACAGUAAUUUGAUUGAACACGCGGUGGAUGGCUCGUGUUCGCCCGUGUGCGAAAUCGUAUCGAAGGUCGAACUCAAGCACCAACGGCUACAACGAUACAGACUCAAAUCACCCGUUCAACUCAUCAAUAUACCUAAGAUGUUCCAUAACGUGCCCUUCAAGGAAGCCUUCAGUUACUUCGUAAAAUUCGAGAAUAAAUUACCCAUCGGCGUCCUUCGCACACUAAUCCCAGCUGACGACCCAGACAAUCACGCCAGCAGCGGUGGACCCUCCGAAAUCGUCAUAUCCUGCCCAAGCCCCGUCUUCCAACUCAUCCGCUCAGACAGACUCUACGUCAUCCUCCCAACACCGAAAUACGUUCUUGGCAUGCUCCUCACCGACAACCCCCACUAG